AUGUCAGCACCUACAUCUGCUCAACUACAGGUAGUUGAUGGUGUUGCUGUCAAUGAGAUUUUUAAAGGUUUGAUUUCAAAUAAUGAAGAAGAAAGGUUAAAAUAUGCUCAAGAAUUACUCAAUUAUUUAUCUUCAAUAGCUAGAGAUUUAUCAUCAGAACAAUUUAAUAGAUAUAAUAAUGAAAUUAAUAAAACAGUAUUUGAUUUGUUACAUGGAGAUAAACCAGCGGAAGUUUUGGGUGGUAUUGCUGCUUUAAAUUCAUUAAUUGAUUUUAAUUAUGGAGUGGGCAAAGAAAAUGCAAGUAAAACUGCUAGAUUUUCAAAUUAUUUAGGGUCCCUUAUAUUGUCCAAUGAUUUAAUUAUUAUGAAACAAGCUACACAAACUUUAGGAAAACUUGCUACUAUAGGAGGUACAUUAACUGGUGAUUUUGUUGAUUAUGAAGGACGUAGGGCCAUUGAAUGGCUUCAAAAUGAUAAUAAAAAUUCAAAACAACAUGAGAAUAGAAGACAUGCUGCCAUUCUAAUUGUUUCCGCAUUAGCUGAUAAUGCUCCUAGUUUAUUAUAUCCAUUGGUUAAUCAAAUUUUGGAAAAUAUAUGGUCACCAUUAAGAGAUAAUAGAUUGAUUAUACGACUAGAUACAGCAUUUGCAAUACAAAAAUGUAUGAAGAUUUUAAAUGAUAGAGACCAAAAUGCUAAAAGUUAUUGGAUUAAAAAGUUGAUUGAUUUAGCAUCAAAAGUAUUGAAUGAAUAUAAUGAUUAUGAUAAUGAUUCUUCAUAUAAUUUAAUACCGACAAGUUCCCAAUCAAGUGAGAAUAUUCAUGGUGCACUAUUAGCUUAUAGAGAAUUGUUAACAUAUUAUAAAGAUCCAUACAUAAUAUCAAAAUUUGAGCAAAUUUAUGAAAAUACAAUGUUAUAUAAUCAACAUAAAUUAGCCAUUAUCAGACAAGAGCUUACAAGAAUAUUUCCACUACUAUGUAAGGUAAAUCCUGAUUUAAUGGUUGAAAAAUAUUUACAUCGUACAUUGUAUUACUAUUUAUCCCAAUUGAAGAAAAACAAGAAUCAUCAUAACGAAGUAGCAAAUGCUGAUAAAAGUUGCAUAUUCAGAAGUAUUGGUUUAAUUGCAUUAGAAGUCGGUAGUCAAAUGGCAACAUAUUUGGAUGCAAUAUUGGAUAACAUUCGAGAAGCAUUAUCAUAUGCCACUAAUUUCGGUGCUCAACAGGUUUUGGCCAAUGCCGUAAAUUCUGCAUCUUCAAUAAAUGAAAAUUCAAAUGUAAUAACUGCACCUAAUCUUGCAAAUUUAACAUCAGGAUCCAAAUAUACUGCCAGUAGGAAAGAAACAGAACCUGCUAUUUUUGACUGUAUUGGAAAACUAUCAAUUGCAGUUGGUCCAGCGUUAACUAAACAUCUACAAAGGGAUAUUUUAGAUAUGAUGUUUGCAAAUUGUUCAUUAUCACUGCACAUGCAACAUGUUUUACAAACAUCAAUAACAAAUAUUCCCACAUUGACAAAUUUAAUUAAUGAAAAAUUGUUAAAUUUGCUAAGUUUGGUGUUAUCUGGAAAACCGUUUCAACCUCCAGGAUCACCAUAUGGCAGUAUAAAAGUUAGUCAAUCAUUAGCUAGAGAUUGUAGAUUGAUUAUGAUUUCACGGGAUACAGGAAUGAGUAUUAAUAGUAUACUUUCAGUUCAAUCUCAAUAUGAAAGACUCGAAAGUAAGAUAAUUGUACAAGCAUUGGAAAUGUUGGCUUUUUUUAAAUUUGAAAAUUAUCAUUUAAAUGAAUUUGUAAGGUAUUGUACCAUAACAUACAUUGAACAUGAUAAUGCAAAAGUUAGAUUAACAGCAGUAGUUACAUCAUGUAAAAUAUUUGUCAAAGAUCCAAUAUGUCAUCAAAUAAGCGUCAAUGCAUUGAAUGCAGUAAAUGAAGUUCUAGUAAAACUUCUAUCAUUAUCAAUAACUGAUCCAAAAGCUGAAAUCAGACUAGCUGGUUUAACAUGUUUAUAUAAUGCAGGAAGUUUUGAUCCUCAAUUAUCACAAGCUGACAAUGUUAGAUUAUUAUUCAUUGCAUUAAAUGAUGAAAUAUUCGAUAUAAAGAAGAUUGCAAUUAAAAUGUUGAGUAAAUUAUCGUCAAUAAAUCCAGCUUAUAUUGUUCCAUCAUUACGCAAGACAUUAAUUCAGUUGUUAUCCAGAUUAGAAUAUUCAACAACUAGUAGAAAAAAAGAAGAAAGUGCCAUUUUAUUAUCUUUAUUAAUUGGUAAUUCAAAAGAUUUAACAAGACCAUAUGUCAAACCAAUAAUUGAAACAUUAAUACCAAAAACAAAAGACGUUAGUUCGUCAGUUGCAUCAAGUGCUAUUCAUUGUAUUGGUGAGCUUGCCGUUGUUGCAGGUGAAGAUUUAAAACCAUUUAUACCUGAUUUAAUGCCAUUAUUACUUGAAACUUUCCAAGAUCAAAGUUCUUCAUUCAAAAGAGAUGCAGCAUUAAAAACAUUAGGUCAGAUAGCUUCAUCAUCUGGAUAUGUUAUUCAGCCGUUAUUAGAUUAUCCACAAUUAUUAGGUAUGCUUACUGCAAUUUUAAAAUCUGAUAGUUCCGCAGAUAUAAGAAGAGAGGUUGUUAGAUUAUUAGGUAUUCUUGGUGCGUUAGAUCCUUAUAAACAUAGAGAAGUUGAACAAAAUUCAAAAAGUAUACCAGCUGAACAAAAUGCUCCUCCUGUUGACGUUGCACUAUUAAUGAAUGGAAUGUCUCCAUCAAAUGAGGAAUAUUUUCCAACAGUUGCAAUAACGAAUUUGAUGAAGAUUUUAAAGGAUUCUUCAUUAAGUAUUCAUCAUACAAAAGUCAUUCAAGCUAUAAUGUACAUUUUUCAAACUUUGGGACUAAAAUGUGUUUCAUUUUUACCACAAAUAAUUCCUGGUAUAAUUAAUGUAAUGCAUACAUGUGAACAAUCAAUGCUUAAAUUUUAUUUUCAACAAUUGGGUGAUAUAAUAUUAAUUGUGAAACAACAUAUAAGACCAUUUUUAACUGAUAUAUUUAAUGUAAUUAAAGAAUUUUUUCACGUUAGUCAACAAUUUCAAGUUACAAUAAUAGGAGUAAUUCAAUCAGUAUCUAGAUCACUAGAAGGAGAAUUUAAAUUAUAUUUACCUGAUGUUUUAACAUUACUACUAGGUGUUUUCAAUGAAGAAAAAUAUGUUAAAAGACCAGCAUCACUUCAUGUUUUAAAAAGUUUUGUCAUAUUUGGUAGUAAUAUUGAAGAAUUUGUUGAUAUUAUAAUACCUACAAUUAUGAAUAUGUUUGAAUCUGGACCAUUAGAAUUGAGAAAACAAGCUAUUGAAACAAUAGGUAGACUAUCAAGAACAGUUAUGCUUAAUGAUAUGGCUUCAAGAAUUAUACAUCCAAUGUUGAGAAUUAUGGGAAGUGAUUUAGAUGAACUAAAAGAACCAUGUAUGAAUACAUUAAGUUAUUUAUUAAUUCAAUUAGGAAAUGAAUUUAUUGUAUUUAUUCCAUUAAUCAAGAAAACAUUUAUGAUGAAGAAAAUUCAUGCACCUAAAUUUGAACAAUUGAUUGAAAAAUUACUUAGUGGAGAUCCAUUACCUACUAAUUUAGGAUAUUAUAAAGAUUAUGAAUUUCAUUCUUUUGAUUUUACUGAUCUGGAUAUGCCUUCAAAAAAAUUACCAGUAAAUCAAGCAUCAUUAAAAGCAUCAUGGGAUGCAUCACAACGUCGAACAAAAGAAGAUUGGCAAGAAUGGAUAGGUAGAUUAAGUAAAGAAUUAUUAUUACAAAGUCCAUCUCAUGCAAUUAGAGCUUGUGCUGGUUUAGCAUCUGAUUAUCAUCCAUUAGCUAAAGAUUUAUUCAAUGCAAGUUUUGCAAGUUGUUGGAGUGAAUUGUAUUCUCAACAUAAAGAAGAAUUGGUUCAAUCAUUUUGUAUUGCAUUAAGUUCACCUACUAAUCCACCAGAAAUACAUCAAAUAUUAUUAAAUUUAGCUGAAUUUAUGGAACACGAUGAUAAAGCGUUACCAAUUGCUAUUCCAACAUUAGGACAAUAUGCUCAAAGAUGUCAUGCAUUUGCAAAAGCAUUACAUUAUAAAGAAUUGGAAUUUUAUGAAGAACCAACUACUCCUACGAUUGAAUCAUUAAUUAGUAUAAAUAAUCAAUUACAACAAUCUGAUGCAGCUAUAGGUAUUUUAAAACAUGCUCAAUUACAUCAUGAUUUACAAUUAAAGGAAACUUGGUAUGAAAAAUUACAACGUUGGGAUGAUGCGUUAAAAGCUUAUAAUGAAAGAGAAAAAUUAGAACCUGAUAAUAUUGAUAUUACAAUGGGUAAAAUGAGAUGUUUACAUGCAUUAGGAGAAUGGGAACAAUUAUCAGAAUUGGCAAAAAGUAAAUGGGAUAAUUCAUCGAGUGAAAUUAAAAGAAGUGUUGCUCCAUUAGCUGCUGCUGCUUCUUGGGGUCUUGGUCAAUGGGAUAGAAUGGAUACUUGUAUUAAAGUAAUGAAGGCAGAUUCACCAGAUAAAACAUUUUUUGAUGCAAUACUAAGUUUACAUAGAAAUAAUUUUGAAGAUGCAUCAGCACAUAUUAUAAAAGCAAGAGAUUUAUUAGUUACUGAAGUAACUGCAUUGGUUAGUGAAAGUUAUAAUAGAGCUUAUGGUGUUGUUGUUAGAGUCCAAAUGCUUGCUGAAUUGGAAGAGAUUAUUAAAUAUAAAUGUUUACCACAGAAUUCAGAGAAGAGAGUUACAAUGAGGAAAACUUGGAAUACAAGAUUAUUAGGAUGUCAAAGAAAUGUAGAUAUAUGGCAAAGAAUGUUAAAAGUUAGAGCAUUGGUUAUUAAACCAAAACAAGAUAUGGAUAUGUGGAUUAAAUUUGCAAAUUUGUGUAGAAAAUCAGGUAGAUUAAAUUUAGCUGAAAAAUCAUUAAAUUUAUUAUUAGAAGAAGGUUCUCCAGAAAAUCCAUCAAGAGCUCCACCACAAGUUGUUUAUGCACAAUUGAAAUAUAUGUGGGCAAAAGGUCAAAGACCAGAAGCAUUAAGACAUUUAGUUGAUUUUACAACUAGAAUGUCACAAGAUUUAGGAUUAAAUCCGAAUGAUUUAAUUACUCAACCAUUACCAUCUGAAGGUCCAGGUAUACCUAAACAUGUUGAAGAAUAUACAAAAUUAUUAGCUAGAUGUUUUUUAAAACAAGGUGAAUGGCAAAUUGCAUUAAAUAAUAGUUGGAGAUCAGAAACUUCGGAAAUUAUAUUGGGUGCUUAUUUAUUAGCUACACAUUUUGAUAAUAAAUGGUAUAAAGCGUGGCAUAAUUGGGCAUUAGCUAAUUUCGAAGUGAUAUCAUUGUAUACUAGUCAAAAUAGUAAUAAUUAUAAAAUUGAAGUUUUGGAUGGACAAACAAAUGGUGACGAUAAAAUUGCUCAACAAAAGAAACAUCAAAAAGCAAAUAUUAUUCCAAUUGAAGCUAUUCAAAGACAUGUUAUACCUUCCAUCAAAGGUUUUUUCCAUUCAAUUGCAUUAUCAAAUUCAAAUUCAUUACAAGAUAUGUUGAGAUUAUUAACUUUAUGGUUCAAAUUUGGAGGUAUACCCGAAGCUGCACAAGCAAUGACUGAAGGUUUUAAUAUGGUUAAGAUUGAUAAUUGGUUAGAAGUUGUACCUCAAUUAAUUUCAAGAAUUCAUCAACCAAAUCCAAUUGUUAGUUCUUCAUUAUUUGGGUUAUUAACUGAGUUAGGUAAGGCACAUCCACAAGCCUUAGUUUACCCAUUAGCAGUUGCAAUUACAUCAGAAUCAGCACUGAGGAAAAAAGCAGCUCAAUCGAUAAUUGAAAAAAUGAGAUUACAUUCAGCAAGUUUAGUUGAUCAAGCAGAAAUUGUAAGUAGAGAAUUAAUUAGAGUUGCUGUUUUAUGGCAUGAAAUAUGGUACGAAGGGUUAGAAGAUGCAUCUAGAUUAUUUUUCGGUGAACAUAAUACUGAUAAAAUGUUUGAAGUUCUUGAACCAUUACAUCAAAUGUUACAAAAAGGACCAGAAACAAUGAGAGAACAAGCAUUUGCAAACACUUAUGGAAGAGAAUUGGCUGAUGCUUUUGAAUGGGUAUUAAAUUUCAGAAGAACAAAAGAUAUUACAAAUUUGAAUCAAGCUUGGGAUAUUUAUUAUAAUGUAUUUAGAAGAAUUACAAAACAGUUACCGCAAUUGACGAAUUUGGAAUUACAAUAUGUUUCACCAAGUUUAGAAAAAGCUUAUGAUUUAGAUUUAGCAGCUCCUGGCACUUAUGAAGCAGGUAAACCAAUAAUUAGAAUAUUAAAAUUUGAUCCUGUUGUUUCUGUAAUUUCAUCAAAACAAAGACCAAGAAAAUUGAAACUCACAGGUAGUGAUGGUAAGGAAUAUACAUAUGUAUUAAAAGGACAUGAAGAUAUAAGACAAGAUAAUUUAGUUAUGCAAUUAUUUGGAUUAGUAAAUACUUUAUUAACUAAUGAUCCAGAAUGUUUUAAAAGACAUUUAGAUAUUCAAAGAUAUCCUGCAAUUCCGUUAUCUCCAAAAGUUGGUUUAUUAGGUUGGGUACCUAAUAGUGAUACAUUCCAUGUUUUAAUUAAAGCUUAUAGAGAAUCAAGAAGUAUAAUGUUGAAUAUUGAGCAUAGAUUAUUAUUACAAAUGGCUCCAGAUUAUGAUAUUUUAACAUUAUUACAAAAAGUUGAAGUUUUCACAAGUGCUUUAGAUAAUACUAGAGGUCAAGAUUUAUAUAAAGUUUUAUGGUUGAAAUCUAAAUCUUCGGAAGCUUGGUUAGAUAGAAGAACAACAUAUACUAGAUCAUUAGCAGUAAUGUCUAUGGUUGGUUAUAUUUUAGGUUUAGGUGAUAGACAUCCAUCAAAUUUGAUGUUGGAUAGAAUUACAGGUAAAGUUAUUCAUAUAGAUUUUGGUGAUUGUUUUGAAGCUGCAAUUUUAAGAGAAAAAUAUCCUGAAAAAGUUCCAUUUAGAUUAACUAGAAUGUUAAACUAUGCAAUGGAAGUUAGUGGAAUUGAAGGUUCAUUUAGAAUAACUUGUGAACAUGUAAUGAGAGUUUUACGAGAUAAUAAAGAAUCAUUAAUGGCUAUAUUAGAAGCAUUUGCAUAUGAUCCAUUAAUUAAUUGGGGUUUUGAUUUCCCAACCAAAGCAGUUGCUGAAGCUACAGGAAUUAAAGUUCCACAAAUUAAUGUUCAAGACUUAUUGAAAAGAAAUCAAAUUGAUGAACAAGAAGCUGUAAGAUUACAAAAACAAAAUGAGCUAGAAACUAGAAAUGCUAGAGCUGCAUUAGUUUUAAAACGUAUUACUGAUAAAUUAACUGGUAACGAUAUUAAACGAUUAAGAGGUUUAGAUGUACCUACUCAAGUUGAUAAAUUAAUUCAACAAGCUACAAGUGUUGAAAAUUUAUGUCAACAUUAUAUUGGAUGGUGUUCCUUUUGGUAA